ACACCUGGUCUUUUACAAAUUUUCAAUGGAUCCUGUCCGCCCACCAUUCAGGGGCCCUGCUCCUAUCCACCCGUCUCACAAUGUACGGAUGCCAGGCUGUCGGCCACAAACUCCUAGACCUUUGAACUUACCUCUGGGAAGAGCAGUACCUACCGGCCGAGGUCAGGUGUUUGGAAAGCCAGAGGUACCCAGCACACAGAAUCAGCCAGCACAAAGGGAGUGUACCGGUUUGGUGUCCAUGUUCCAAGGCAUGGGUCUUGAGACAGUGUCCCAGACUCCUCCAAAGCGAGAAGGAUUUUCUUUAGGUAGAGGCAUUUUAGGUCGAGGCUUGCCGGUUAGCAUGGUAUGCAAGAAUGAAGAAGAACCUCGUCCCAUUUUUUCUGAUUCUCUGGUGUUGGCAGCUGGCGAUGGCAAGCUGGCGGAGGCCUCUGUUGGUUGGAAUAGAGCUCUUGGAAGAGGGAGUUCAGAUGCUUCUUUAUUACCUCUGGGGAGAACAGCUGGUGGUAUAGGCAGAGGAAUAGACAAGACUCUUCAGGCACCUGGAGUGACUGCCUGGGACCCCCAGAAGCUGUCACCACCUCUGCCUCUGCCCAGAUCCUUGCUAUACUCUGCAGAUCACCCCCCAGACCCAACUGUGGAACACAAAGAAAAAGAACAUUUUGUGAAGCAAGGAUCAAAAGGAACACCUCAACCUUUAGGACUGAAUCUCAUCAAAAUACAGUGUCAUAAUGAAGCAGUUUAUCAAUAUCAUGUGACUUUCAGCCCCAGAGUAGAAUGCAAAAGCAUGAGGUUUGGCAUGUUAAAGGACCAUCAAGCUGUCACUGGAAAUGUCACUGCUUUUGAUGGAUCUAUUCUUUAUCUGCCUAUUAAGCUUCAACAAGUUCCUGAGUUAAAAAGUCAAAGGAAAACUGACAAUGCUGAGAUCAGCAUUAAGAUUCAGUUGACAAAGAUCCUGGAGCCCUGCUCUGACUUGUGCAUUCCUUUCUACAAUGUUGUUUUCCGUCGGGCAAUGAAACUUUUAGAUAUGAAACCUGUGGGAAGAAACUUCUAUGACCCUACAAGUGCUAUGGUUUUACAGCAACACAGAUUGCAGAUCUGGCCUGGCUAUGCAGCUAGCAUCCGGAGGACAGAUGGAGGUCUUUUUCUGCUAGCUGAUGUCUCCCAUAAGGUCAUUCGGAAUGAUUCUGUGCUGGAUUUCAUGCAUGCCAUGUACCAGCAGAACAAAGAAAACUUUCAAUAUGAGUGCAGUAAACUUCUGGUUGGCAAUAUUGUUAUUACCCGAUACAAUAAUCGUACCUAUCGGAUUGAUGAUGUGGAUUGGAAUAAGACUCCAAAGGAUAGCUUCACAAUGUCUGAUGGGAAGGAGAUCACAUUUCUAGAAUACUACAGGAAAAACUAUGGGAUCACAGUUAAGGAAGAGGACCAGCCACUGCUAAUCCACAGGCCCAGUGAGAGACAGAAUAAACAUGGGAUGCUGCUAAAAGGUGAAAUCCUGCUCUUGCCUGAGCUUUCCUUCAUGACUGGGAUUCCAGAGAAGAUGAAGAAGGACUUCAGAGCCAUGAAGGAUUUGACCCAGCAGAUUAACCUGAGCCCGAAACAGCACCAUAAUGCUUUGGAGAGUUUAAUCCAGAGAAUUUCAAAGAAUGAGGCAGCCAACAAUGAACUAAUGCGUUGGGGGCUCUGUCUGCAAAAGGACAUACACAAGAUUGAAGGACGUGUUUUACCAAUGGAGAGAAUUAAUUUAAGAAAUACUUCAUUUAUCACAUCUCAGGACCUAAGCUUUGUAAAGGAAGUAACCAGAGACCAUUCCAUCUUGACUAUCCCCAUGCACUUCUGGGCACUUUUUUACCCAAAGAAAGCAAUGGAUCAGGCCCGGGAACUAGUCAGCAUGUUAGAGAAAAUCGCUGGCCCCAUUGGCAUGCACAUGAGUCCACCAGCCUGGGUUGAACUGAAGGAUGACCGAAUAGAGACCUAUAUCAGAACCAUUCAGUCCAUGCUUGGAGUGGAGGGGAAGAUACAGGUAGUUGUUUGCAUCAUUAUGGGCACACGUGAUGAUCUCUAUGGGGCCAUCAAGAAGCUGUGUUGUGUGCAGUCCCCGGUGCCCUCACAGGUCAUCAAUGUUCGAACCAUUGGUCAGCCUGCCAGACUUCGGAGUGUGGCUCAGAAAAUUUUGCUUCAGAUUAACUGUAAAUUGGGCGGGGAACUCUGGGGAGUAGAUAUUCCUCUGAAACAAUUAAUGGUGAUUGGAAUGGAUGUUUACCAUGACCCCAGCAGAGGCAUGCGUUCUGUGGUUGGCUUUGUUGCAAGCAUUAAUGUGACCCUCACUAAAUGGUAUUCGCGAGUGGUGUUCCAGAUGCCUCAUCAGGAGAUUGUGGAUAGCCUGAAGCUCUGCCUGGUGAGCGCCUUGAAAAAGUUUUACGAGGUGAACCACUGUCUACCAGAGAAAAUAGUGGUAUACCGUGAUGGAGUGUCUGAUGGCCAACUAAAGACGGUUGCUAACUAUGAAAUUCCUCAGCUACAGAAGUGUUUUGAAUCUUUUGAGAAUUACCAGCCCAAGAUGGUGGUGUUUGUAGUUCAGAAGAAGAUCAGCACCAAUCUAUACCUGGAUGCCGCUGAGCACUUUGUGACUCCCUUGCCUGGAACAGUGGUAGAUCACACAAUAACAAGUUGUGAGUGGGUGGAUUUCUAUCUUCUUGCCCAUCAUGUACGGCAGGGCUGUGGCAUCCCUACACAUUACGUCUGUGUUUUCAACAGUGCAAACCUGAGCCCUGAUCAUAUGCAGAGGUUGACCUUCAAGCUGUGCCACCUGUACUGGAACUGGCCUGGUACCAUCCGAGUCCCAGCCCCUUGCAAGUAUGCCCACAAGCUCGCCUUCCUGUCAGGACAGAUCUUGCAUCACGAGCCGGCCAUCCAGCUGUGUGAGAACCUGUUCUUUCUGUGACUGUGUGCCCUGGACCUAGGCUGGCAAGGAGAAAUUGGACUUCUCACCUCAGCUGUGACACUUGAGGAACCAGCAGACGUGGAAGUGGGGUUUGGUGUUGGUGUUUUCCCUUUCUGCUACCCUUUGAGUAAGAUUACCUUUUGUCUGUUAAGCCUGGUAUCACCAAGAAGCAAGCUUUUCAAUACUACCUGGAAAUUGCCUUGAUGCCAUUGUGCAGCACAGGACAGUAGUGCUACUGCUGUGCAAUAGCGUGCUGAGGCUGUUGCAGCACCAGGCUCCUGUAAGGGCAGGGAGUGGGACUUGGUGGCAGAGCGGACCGAGCAUCCAUGGAGCCCUGCAUUCAGUCCCCAGAACAAAAAGAAAAAAAGCCCCCAAGCCAACAUGAACUGUAGAAACCUGCAGAAAGCAGCAGUUAUGCCUCGAAGCAGUGUUGAAGGAAUAAUUCCCAUUUUUGCUGCCAGAGGUGAUAGUGACUGAAGUGACUGCAUGUUUCUUAAAGUUGUUACCUUCUUUAGGCAACUGGGAAAGGUGAAAGAGAAGCCUGUGAAGCAGUUUUUUUUUGAAGAGGUGUUGCUCUUGCCAGCAGGUGUGAAAGGCAUGAGGUAAGCCAAACGUGGCAUGGCAGGGCCUUGGUGCCAACAUCUUCCCUGGGGAUUGAAUUUAUGACUCCUGUGAUGUGAGUUGGGUGCCUCACAGCUGUUCCUGGGUUUUCUUUCAGAGGAUUUCAGUUGAAGUUUUUCUGUACCUUUCGGUGACUUUACACAAUGCCAUGUUGCUCUCUGGCUCCCCACAUUGCACCCACAUGCGCAUACAUACACCUUUGCUCUUUAUGACUGAUCUUCAGUAACGAUCAGUUCUUAAAAAAACAACAGUGGAAGGAAUCCAGCAGCUAGGAAAGUUCAGGAUAGGGUGAGGUUUUUUAUUGAACCUUCCUCCCAGUGCCAGGCCUUUCGGUUGUGUGUGUGUGUCUGUAAUGGGAGUACUCCUUUCUCUUGCACAAGAGCUUCUACUAGUUGUGAGCUCACUUUCUCAGAAUUUUUCAGAAUCCCAGUGAAAAUUUCCAGAAGUUGGUUUGGAAAAUGGGAUACUCUUACCAAUUACCCAGGUCCAGCAUUCCAGUUUUGGACAUUGUCACCAUGCCUGCGAGUUUUAGUAUUUGGCAGAUGUAAUGGUUUCCUGUGUGUGUUUUUUUUUCUCUCACUGUUUUAAAAUUAUCGUGUCUUUUCAGCUGAGUUCUGUCCUAUCUUGCUUU